AUGCAUAUUGAUUCAUUUAUUAUAAACAUCAAAGCAUUAGCGGAACUCCUUGAAGGAAGCGAAUUUACCCCAAUACACAGUCGUGUGUCCGCAUCAGCUCUUGCGGUCAGUCAAAUGAAAACCCGCAAAGAAAAUUCACAAAGAGCAGGCGAAAUGGGGAUACGUGAUGAGUGCAUAAGAUCCAUAGAAUAUUUAUAUGGGGAAUUCAUGGCAAUUGCCGACGAGUUGAAUGAACUGAAAAAGCAGAAGGAAAAGGAAGGAACUAUAGCUGUUAAGGCGAUUAUUGCCACCGAUGAAAUUAUCAAGUUUAUCGGAGAAAUGAAGAUGCAUCGUAAAAACUAUAGCCAAAGUAACAUUUUGUGA